GGCGUCACGUGAUUUGAUUGCACGCUAGGUCAAAUGAGCACGAAGCUAGCGCGGAGGGAGAAUGAUGUAGCGAAUGAUGAAAUAUUGGAUGUAAGAGUUAUAAGAGCUCGAUCAGGGUGAGGUGGGACAAGCAGGAGGUAAAAGCAGGUUGUUUUGGGUAGAUUGCCUGGAGUACGAGUUGUCACCUGUCCACAAUGUCGAUGUUCAGCACAGGGCUUCUGGUCCUCACUUCCCCUCUCCACACCCUACCCCUCCGCCUUGCUCCCGUCCUCAAAUCCGCUGCUAAACUGGUGGAGCACACCCUCUACGUCCACCUCCACCCGGGCCUCAAACUGGGAACCGGCUGCCCGACCCGGCCUGUUUUCAUCCCCGCGUCCGCCGAUCUCCCGGGCCUCAUAUCGCGCGUGUACAGCAAUGCGGCAGACAUCUGCGCUCACCUGGACGUCCGGCUGCUCCUCGCUAACAUCUGCGCCAAGCAGGACGCCACCCUCGAGCCUUUUCCCUCUCCUCAGACCCUUUCUCAGUCCCCAGAGGUCGUCAUGACCGAUUUUCCCGUAAAGGACUCGGGGAAGACGUCUCUGGUGUCUCGGUGCCUUAAGGUUUACGCCGGGAGCUGCUACAAGUGCUCACCGGGCCUGUCAUCCGCCAUCUUGUGGCCGCAGCUGCAGGACGUGAUGGACGAGCACCAGGAGGAUGAUGGGACGAAAAGCGUCUCUGUGGAGACGUUCAGGGACGUGGUGGUGGGUGGAACCUUCGAUCGCUUGCACGGCGCCCACCGGACCCUGUUAAACAUUUGCUGCUUGAUGGCGAACAGGCGCUUUCUGAUCGGCGUGUGCGACCAGGAGCUGCUUAAAAAAAAGGUCCUGAAGGAGCUGAUCGAACCGUACAGCAGGCGCGUCGGGAAGCUCCACGAAUUCCUGAACGACGUGAAACCGUCCCUGCAGUACGACAUCGUCCCCCUGUCCGACCCCUUCGGCCCGUCCAUCAGCGACCCAGAGCUGCAGUGCAUCGUCGUGAGCGAGGAGACGAGGCGAGGCGGCGAGGCCGUCAACAGGAAGCGAGCGGAAAACGGGCUACCAGAGCUGAAGCUGUGUGAGAUCCCUCUGAUUAAAGACACGCAUCAUGCCGACAUCGAGGAGGAAAAGAUCAGCUCGUCGAGCCUUCGUACACGUCUCCUGGGCACGCUCCUCGUCCCUCCAAUGCCCCACCCUACUCUCCCCCAGGUCCCGUACGUGAUUGGCCUGACGGGGGGCAGCGGGAGCGGGAAGAGCUCCAUCGCCCAGAGACUAGAAGAUCUCGGAGCCGCACGGAUCGACGCCGACCAGCUCGGUCACGAAACCUACAAACCCGGCACGGCCGCCUAUCACAGGAUAAUACAGGAGUUUGGCUCAGACGUUGUGAACGAGGACGAGACUAUUGACAGACGAGCCCUGGGAAAAAAAGUGUUUGGAAACAAGGAACAGUUAAAAGUCCUAACUGAUAUAGUGUGGCCUGAGAUUGCACGUCUUGUCAAAGCAAAAGUACAGCAAGCCAAAGAGGAAGGGAGGCGUGUGUGCGUGGUGGACGCUGCGGUGUUGUUGCAGGCCGGCUGGACAGAGAUGGUCCACGAGGUCUGGGUGGCCAUCAUACCAGAGGAAGAGGCUGUGCGGCGUAUAGUGCAGCGGGACGGCGUGAGUCAGGAGGACGCUCUGAGGAGGCUGCAAAGUCAGUGGUCUAACACGCAGCUGGUGGAGCGGGCCAAUGUGGUCCUGUGUACGCUCUGGGAACCGGACGUCACUCAAAGACAGAUCAAAAAAGCCUGGGAUCUACUGCAACUUCGGAUACAGCAGAGAACGGAGGAAACCGGAUUUCAACCCUAAGAUGACGUGUUUUUUUUUUCAUCUGAUUUGAGGCUUAACACACACACACACACCAUGUUAGAGCAAGUGCGUGCUGGAAAUCACUUUUACGUGCUCAUGUGGUUUAUGAGGACCUGCUCGACUUCUUUAGGUGAUCUCAUUAUCAGUUUUAGCAUCAUUUUAAUUCGCCUCACAGAGAAUCGCGAGAUUUUUAAACCCUGACUUGAUCAUGUGACUUAUUUUCCAGUUUUUUUUUUCUUUUCUUUAGAUUUUGUGUAGCUAGCAAGGACCUUGGAGAGUUCAUUUUUUUAUUUUUUAUAAAACGACAGAAUAAAUCAAAAGGUGAAGGGAAAGAUAUUAUCGUCCGAAUCUUUUUUUUUCCAAACUGUCAGGAGACCCAAUAUGUUGUCCUACGUCCUGAGGGAGCGAAGGGAUGGACCCCACAUCUUGGAGACUUUCCUACUCUGAACAUGAACCAAAAUGUUUGUGUUUUGCAGCAUCAACUUUCGCAGUGAUGAAAAAUAAAGUUAUUUUAAUUCUUUAUUAAAUUAUAAUAUUACACAGUCA